AUGGGGAAAGCGGCCGCCCUGUGCCGAGGAGGCGGCUGCGGCGGCCGCUCCCGCGGGCUGUCGUCGCUCUUCACGGUUGUCCCCUGCCUGUCCUGCCACACGGCGGCGCCGAGCAUGAACGCUCCCACGCCCGGCUCCGGACCGGAGCCCAAGCCUCAGCCGCAGCCGGUGCCCCAGCCUCAUCGGGAGUUGGUGUCAGAACAGGUGUCGGAGCCAGUUUCUGAGCGGGCGCCAGGAUCGGAGCCUGUGCCCAAGAAGAUGUCUGAGCCCAGGCCAGGGUUCAGACAGGAACUGGAACUGCUGCCGGCGCUGGGGACCGGGUUGGGGCCCCGGGAAGAGUGGGGCUCAAACCCGGGGCCUGGGCCCCCCACCAAGGCCCCCUUUGAGCAGGUGCCGGCGCUGGGGCCAGCAGUGGGGAGCGUGCCCCUGAUCAAACCGGAGUCAGGGUUGUUGCCGGCAUCAAAGGCCCCGCGCCCGGGGCAGGUGAAGACACACCUUGGGAUGGUAGUGCCCGGGAGCAACUCUCCGUGCGUUGUCCCCAUGGUCUCACUUCCUCUGGACAGCUUCAAGGGCUGGCUUCUCAAGUGGACCAACUACCUGAAGGGCUACCAGCGCCGCUGGUUCGUGCUCAGCAAUGGCCUCCUGUCUUACUACAGAAAUCAGGGGGAAAUGGCCCACACCUGCCGUGGCACCAUCAACCUGUUCACCGCGCACUUCGACACGGAGGACUCUUGCGGUAUCGUGCUGACCAGUGGGGGCAGGACCUACCACCUCAAGGCCGGCUCAGAGGUGGAGCGGCAGCAGUGGAUCACCGCCCUGGAGCUGGCCAAGGCCAAGGCUGUCCGCAUGAUGAGCAACCAGUCAGAUGACUCUGGGGACGACGAGGACGGGACGCCCUCCCCAGCCGACAAGAGUGAGCUCCACGGCACCAUCAGGAGUCUCUCGCUGAAGCUGGACGACCUCGGCACGUGCAAUGAGCUCGUGGCCAAGCACGGGGUGGCCCUGCAGCGCUCGCUGAACGAGCUGGACAGCCUCCGCGUCCCGGCCGAGAGCGGAGAGAAGCUGAAGGCGGUCAACGAGCGGGCCACCCUCUUCCGCAUCACGUCCAAUGCUAUGAUCAACGCCUGCAGGGACUUCGUGGAGCUAGCGGAGACGCACAGCCGGAAAUGGCAGCGCGCCCUGCAGUAUGAGCAGGAGCAGCGCGUCCACCUGGAGGAGACCAUUGAGCAGCUGGCCAAGCAGCACAACAGCCUCGAGCGCGCCUUCCGCAGCGCCCCGGGCCGGGCCGCCAACCCCAGCAAGAGCUUCAGCGAGGGAAGCCUCUUAACCAGCAGAGGCGAGGACAGCGAGGAGGAUGAGAACACCGAGUACUUCGACGCCAUGGAAGACGCGGCGUCCUUCAUCACCGUGAUCACCGAGCCCAGCGAGGACAGAAAAGCUGAGCCAGGGACUACAGGCUCCGUGGAAUGGACCGCAGACAACAUGCUAGAUGAUGCCUCACUUGUGCCCCAGGGGCCUCCCAAAGUCAAGAGGCGUGUCCGCAUCCCCGACAAGCCCAACUACAGCCUUAAUCUCUGGAGCAUCAUGAAGAACUGCAUCGGCAGGGAGCUCUCCAAGAUCCCCAUGCCGGUGAACUUCAACGAGCCCCUGUCCAUGCUGCAGCGGCUGACGGAGGACCUGGAGUACCACCAGCUGCUGGAUAAGGCGGCGCGCUGCAGCAGCGCGGCGGAGCAGAUGUGCCUCGUGGCCGCCUUCUCCGUGUCCUCCUACUCCACCACCGUGCACCGCAUCGCCAAGCCCUUCAACCCCAUGCUGGGUGAGACCUUUGAGCUGGACCGGCUCGAGGACAUGGGCCUGCGCUCCCUCUGCGAGCAGGUGAGCCACCACCCGCCGUCCGCUGCGCACUACGUCUUCUCCAGGCACGGCUGGAGCCUCUGGCAGGAGAUCACUAUCGCCAGCAAGUUCCGGGGGAAAUACCUCUCCAUCAUGCCACUAGGUGCUAUCCACUUAGAAUUCCAGGCCAGUGGGAAUCACUACGUGUGGAGGAAAAGCACCUCGACUGUGCAUAACAUCAUCGUGGGCAAGCUCUGGAUUGACCAGACAGGGGACAUUGAGAUUGUGAACCACAAGACACAGGACCGGUGUCAGCUCAAGUUCCUGCCCUACAGCUAUUUCUCCAAAGAGGUGGCCCGGAAGGUGACAGGAGUGGUGAGUGACAGCCAGGGCAAGGCCCACUAUGUGCUGUCAGGCUCCUGGGACGAACAGAUGGAGUGUGCUAAGAUCGUGCAGAGCAGCCCCGGCAGCCCCAGCUCAGACGGGAAGCAGAAAACCGUGUACCAGACGCUGCCGGCCAAGCUGCUGUGGAAGAAGUACCCACUGCCGGACAACGCGGAGAACAUGUACUACUUCUCCGAACUGGCCCUGACUCUCAACGAGCACGAGGAGGGGGUGGCGCCCACAGACAGCCGCCUGCGGCCGGACCAGCGGCUCAUGGAGAAGGGCCACUGGGACGAGGCCAACACGGAGAAGCAGCGGCUGGAGGAGAAGCAGCGCGUCAACCGGCGCCGGCGGCUGGAGGCCUGCUCCCACGGCUGCGGGGUGGACGAAGAGAAGGAGGCCGAAGUGUAUGUGCCGCUGUGGUUCGAGAAGAAGCUGGACCCGCUGACCGGGGAGAUGGCCUGCGUGUACAAGGGAGGCUACUGGGAGGCCAAGGAAAAGCAGGACUGGCACAUGUGCCCCAACAUCUUCUGA